CAACUUUCCCCUCAUGACUCGGAGUCCGCAUCCAUCACACCUGGAGGAACGUACACUAUCCAAACCGUCUCUGUUGGGUGCAAAAUCUACAUCCGCCGUCCAACCCCAGACGGGGAGGAAGAGCGGCUUGCAGAAAUACUAUCAAUUCGUGAUAAACCCGUGAACUCAUAUACGUCAGCACAACGCACAAAUGCCCGAGGUGGUGUGAAAGAAGAAGAGGAAGAUGCACCCGACAAACCAGAAGACAAAUGGGAGUACUUUGUCCACUGGGAUCAGUUUAACAAGCGUUUGGAUGAGUGGGUAACGGGAUCUCGGCUUAUCUUGAGCAGGGACCUCGAGUGGCCCCGUCCCAAGGUGCUACCGGGCAAGAAAGCUGGGCCUGGCUCACUGCAGAAAGCACCGGGGAAGGCGCCUCGCUCCAGUCAUUAUUGAAGAAAGCGACAUCAAAUGCGGCUGCGGCUGCUUCGCCCACAUCUGCCUCAACCCCUGGCCGCUCUGCUUUUCCCUCGCCAUCACCUGC